AUGAAAUUAACCCCUCCCUAUACUCUACCUUCCUUCCUUCCUUCAUUUGUUCCUUCCUUCCCUCCUUUGUUUCUUUUUUCCUUCGUUCUUUCGUUCGUUACUGCAUUCAUUCAUUUUUCCUUCCUUCCUUCAUGUGUUCCUUCUUUCCUUCUUUCCGUCAUUCGUUCUUUCUUUCCUUUAUUCCUUCCUUCUUUCUUUCCAUAUUUCAUUCAUUCAUUCUUUCCUUCCUUCCUUCUUUCAUUCAUUCGUUACUUCUUUGUUUCCUUCUUUCAUUUGUUCGUUCCUUCCUUCCUUCCUUCAUUUGUUCCUUCCUUCCCUCCUUUGUUCCUUUUUUCCUUCGUUCUUUCGUUCGUUACUGCAUUCAUUCAUUUUUCUUCUUCUUUCUUUCUUUCCAUACUUCAUUCAUUCCUUCUUUCCUUCCUUCCUUCAUUUGUUCCUUCCUUCCUUCUUUCUUCCUUUCAUUCCUUUGUUUCUUUUUUCCUUCGUUCUUUCGUUCCUUACUUCAUUCAUUCAUUUUUCCUUCCUUCCUUCCUUCCUUCAUGCGUUCCUUCUUUCCUUCCUUCCGUCAUUCGUUCUUUCUUUCCUUUAUUCCUUCUUUCUUUCUUUCCAUAUUUCAUUCAUUCAUUCCUUCCUUCCUUCCUUCCUUCCUUCUUUCAUUCAUUCGUUACUUCUUUCUUUACUUCUUUCUUUCCUUCUUUCAUUUGUUCGUUCGUUCGUUCCUUCCUUCCUUCAUUUGUUCCUUCCUUCCCUCCUUUGUUCCUUUUUUCCUUCGUUCUUUCGUUCGUUACUGCAUUCAUUCAUUUUUCUUUCUUUUCUUCCUUCUUUCAUGCGUUCCUUCUUUUCUUCCUUCCGUCAUUCGUUCUUUCUUUCUUUUAUUCCUUCCUUCUUUCUUUCCUUCUUGCAUUCAUUCCUUCUUUCCUUCCUUCCUUCCUUCAUUUGUUCCUUCCUUCCUUCCUUCCUUUGUUCCAUUUUCCUUCUUUCAUUCAUUCCUUCCUUCUUUCUUCCCUUCUUUCAUUCAUUCCUUCUUUCCUUCCUUCCUUCAUUUGUUCCUUCCUUCCUUCUUUCCUUUGUUACUUUUUUCCUUCGUUCUUUUGUUCGUUACUUCAUUCAUUCAUUUUUCUUUCUUUCCUUCCUUCCUUCCUUCCUUCCUUCAUGCGUUCCUUAUUUCCUUCCUUCCAUCAUUCGUUCUUUCUUCCCUUUAUUCCUUCCUUCUUUCUUUCCUUCUUUUAUUCAUUCAUUCUUUACUUCCUUCCUUCCUUCAUGCGUUCCUUCUUUCCUUCCUUCCUUCUUUCAUUCAUUCGUUACUUCUUUCUUUCCUUCAUUCAUUCGUUCAUUCCUUCCUUUAUUCGUUCUUUUUUCCUUCCUUCUGUCCUUCUUUCCUUCAUUUGUUCCUUUCUUCUUUCCUUCUUUCUUUCCUGCCUUUUUUUUUCGUUCGUUCGUUCGUUCGUUCUUUCUUUCCAUCAUUCAUUCUUACUUUCUUUUUUUUUCUUCUUUUCUUCCUUACUUCAUUCGUUCCUUCUUUCCUUCCUUUCUCCUUUACUUCGUUCUUUCCUCUCUUCUCUCCUUCAUCAUUUCUUCCUUCCAUCCCGAUCCAUUCCUUUCUCACUUCCUCCCUUAUGUUCAUUCCCCUCUCCCCCUUUUACUCCCUUCCAUUUUCUCAGUAGUCACCCCCUUUUCUUUUCUUAUUAA